AUGAGUGGGGCCAGUAAUACGCUGGCAAGGGAGUUCCUGACUGAUGUCCACCAACUAUGCAGUGCGGUGGCUCAGAGAGCGGAGGCACGGGAGGAAGAUGAAGAGGAAAGUCAUAUGGUUGCACUGGGAGAGUACCUCGUCAGAGGAAGAGGAUUUCUGUUGCUUAGCACCCUGGAUUCCAUCAUUGACCAGGAGCUGACUUGCCGAGAGGAGCUGCUCACUUUGUUGCUGUCUCUACUCCCACUGGUGUGGAAGAUCCCCGUACAGGAAGAAAAAGCACCAGAUUUCACCCUGCCGUCUCUAUUAGAGGUGUUCCUCAGCCGGGAGGUAAAGGCCGCACCUCUUAGAGCUGGACAGAAGACUGGGACAGAUGAACAGGAAUCUGGAAAGAGGCCACGUGUUGGCAGUGGCUCCUGGAAAUCAAGGAGGUCACGUAGGACAGCUCAGAAAUACUCUGUAAAGGAUGCUCGGCGCUCCCAAGUUUCUACCUCAGAUUCAGAGGCCAAUGCUGAAGACAAAGCAGGGCCAAGUGGCACAAGGAGCAGAAGAUCACAUGGCUCUACCCUGCGUGUACAUCAUCUACAUUAUCGUUUGGAAGCCACUCAGCUAACAGACACAGCAGCCACCAACAUAGAAACCAUGAGUGCACCAUACCCCCAUCCCAGGGUCUCUGGCUCUCACAUGAUGGACGCCGAAACCUUGACAGACCCCGCUGCAAUGUCAAUAUUCAAUCGUAUGGAGAACUCACCCUUUGAUCUCUGCUAUGUGUUACUUUCAUUACUGGAGAAAGUUUGUAAAUUUGAUAUGAGCAUCAAUCACAGUCCUGGCUUAGCAGUAGGUGUUGUACCGACUCUCACUGAGAUCCUUACUGAGUUUGGAGAUUGUUGUGGUCCAGGAGGCAGUGGUGGAACAGGAGCAGAGGAGCUUGCUGGGGGCUGGACAGAAGAACCAAUUGCACUGGUCCAGAGGAUGCUUUUGCGCACCAUCUUGCACCUAAUGUCAGUAGAUGUCAGUCAGAGUGAAACCCUUCCAGAUAGCCUGAGACGCAGCCUGACCGAUCUGCUACGGGCCACUCUAAAAAUCCAAAGCUGCCUAGACAGGCAGACAAACCCAUUUGCUCCUCGACCAAAAAAGACCCUACAAGAAGUCCAAGAAGAUUUCUCUUUUUCACGCUUUCGUCACAGGGCACUAUUAUUACCUGAGCUUCUCGAAGGGGUAUUGCAAGUGCUUCUGGGUUGCCUGCAGUCCUCGAUACCAAACCCUUUCUUCUUUAGCCAAGCACUGGACCUCAUCCAUGAAUUUGUCCAACACCGUGGCCUCGAGCUUUUUGAGGCUACAGUACUGCGUCUGGAGGAACUUGGUAGAGCAAGGGAUUCAGAAGUAGGUGGAGAGGCUUCAGAAAGGUUGCGAGGUUUAAUUGCCGGGGUUUUCAAGAUUGUAAGUGCUGUCAAGAAAGCAAAAUCAGAGCAGUUGCAUCAGUCUGUUUGCGCUCGACGUCGUCAUCGUCGUUGUGAAUAUUCUCACUUCCUUCAUCACCACAGAGAUCUGUCAGGUUUGCCUGUCUCAGCUUUUAAGAUGGCUGCCAGGCGUAACCCCUUUGAAGAAGAUGGCGAAGGAAAGGAAGGAUUGGAAGGGGAUGCGGUACGAUACCCUGAGCGUUGCUGCUGCCUAGCUGCCUGUGCUCACCAAUGUCUGCGGCUCCUGCAGCGCUUGUCGCCCAGUGGUCCAGCUGUAUUGCAGGUCCUUGCUGGGGUACAGACUGUUGGAAUCUGCUGUUGCAUGGACCCUCAUUCCGUAAUAAGGCCACUGUUGGAUGCCUUCCGAGCUCCAGGUUUACGUAGUUACCAGUCCCAUGUUCUUAGUGUCCUCAGCAGACUAAUACUGGACCAGCUUGGUGGAGGACAACCAUCAGAAAAGGCGAAGCUCGCUUCCUGUAACAUUUGCACUUUGGACCAAAGUCAGUUGCCAGGCCUUGAGGAGACACUACAACAUGGGGAACCUUCUGCUAUUUCUACCAGCCUGUGCUACCGCUCCCAGGGAAUUCUUCCAAGUGGAGGGGGUGCAGAGGACAUGUUAUGGAAGUGGGAUGCUCUUGAGGCUUACCAAGAACUAGUGUUUGGAGACAACUGGCACCUAAGUCAGCAAGUAGCUGGUCACGUGUGCUACUUGACACUGCGUGGCAAUGCUGUAGUGCAGUGGCAGCUCUACACUCACAUCUUCAACCCAGUGCUCCAGCGAGGUGUUGAGCUAGUCCACCAUGCUCAACAGCUAGGGGUUUCUACAGUUUGCACUCAAGUCUGCAGCUACCACACACAGUGCCUGCCUGUGGAGGUACUACUCAUAUAUCUCCAAGCAUUACCUGCACUUCUCAAAUCAAGGGUUAUCCGGGAUCUUUUCAUCAGCUGCAAUGGACUCAACCAGAUGACAGAACUAGUGUACCUUGACCCGACGUGCUCUUUAGCUUUAAAGGUAUUUGAGACCCUUAUAACCAGCUUCGGGCACCAGCAGGCGGCCUGUACCAUCCAGGAGCUGGAGAUUGCUGUUGCUGAAGGGAAGCAGGCAGUCUCAUCCUUGGCCGAGGAUCUGGGUUCUAGGGGAUCUGGAGAGGGUCCACAGAGCCUCAGCAAGUUCUAUGAAGGGCUUAAGGAAGCAUAUCCACGCUACAAGAAUCGUAGUGUGCAGGGCCGUGGAGCAGGACGUAGCCAAGCAGAGACACACCUACAUGUCAUUAACCUCUUCCUUUGUGUCGCGUUUCUUUGCGUUAGCAAAGAGGCUGACUCUGACCGGGACUCAGCUAAUGAUUCUGAAGACACGUCAGGCUACGACAGUACAGCUAGUGAGCCACUUGGUGGACGCUUGGCAUACCUCUCUCCAGACAGCGUGACUCUGCCAUCCAAAGAACAGAUACGACGGGCAGCUGACAUUUGGUCCGUGUGUCGGUGCGUCUACUUGGCCAACCCUUUGUUUCAGAGGCAGUUCUUCCGACUGGGAGGGUUGGAUGUUUGUUUGCGCCUAAUGAGUAUGGUCAUUCAGAAGCUUUCCUGUAAAACAAAAGAUAGCAAAUCAAAGAAGAAGAAAGAACUCCAGGCUAAAAGUAGCCCGGAGUCUUCAGUCCCUGUCACCCCACUGGGAGUGAAUGAGCCAGAUCCAGAUUCAAUUAACAGGUCUCCGGCAGAGGGAAUAACAAGAGAUACAACCAAGAGGAUGGAGGAAGAGUGGCAGUUACAAAGUAUUCGCCUUCUUGAGGCCUUAUUGGCUAUUUGUCUACACAGUGCCAACUCAGCACUGCAGAGGACUGACUCAGAGCUUUCAUACCAGCUCCAGUCAGUGGGAGAUACCCUGUUAGAAGUGAGAGACCAGCUCUCUUGCUCAGGGGUGGUAAGCUCUGACCUCGCUGUGCCACUUUUUGACUCUCUGUUGAGAGUAGCUUUGGCCGACGUGUCAUCGUCUCCAGAGCCCCCCGAGGAGAAGCCUGAGAGGAAGCUCCAAGUUUUGGCGGAGGGGGCGGCCCCAGCAGGCGAUCUAUCAGAGGAGGUGGACGGUGUUCAGAGUUGUAGCGUUAAGCCUCCUGGGGAGGAGGAGGAGGCGGAGGAGGGCUACGACGCCGACAGCGAAAGCAACCCUGAGGACAUGGCCAACCAGGAAGAGGGAUUGAAGGUGGAGUCUGUGCAGCGUGAGUUUGCGACAGUGGCAGACAGUCCCGGGCGUGGCGUGUUGCUUUUCCCAGAGAUCUGUACAAUUGAGUUGCAACUACUGGCCACUGGCUCCCCAGACCUGGAGGUAGUGAGUCAUGUGUUUCACAGCCUGCUUGGUGCGGUUCGUGCCAACCACCGCAAUGCCGCUCUGCUCUACGAACAGGGAGGAGUUAAAACCAUCCUGUCUGGAUUCCGUAACAUUCUUAGCCAAGAGGACCGUUCUCUUAAAGACUGCCAGACUGUUAUAGUGGAGCUGCUGGUUGCCAUGGUGAGCCAGCGAAUCACAGCAGAGGAACUGGCCCUAUUGAUUCGUCUCUUCCUGGACAAGAACCCACCUACUGAGAUUUUACUGAAAGGCAUCCUACAAAUUGUUGAAGCCAAUGUAAACAUAGAACCUCUUCACCUGCUGGACUUUCCAAUAAUCCUCGGGGCCUCGACACCGGGAGGAGUGUCCCCUAGUUCCAGACCAAAUGGCACUGCUGGAGGAAAAAGUGUUGGACUGCUGUGGAAGGGCAAGCUGUCACCUGGUCGCAGGGAGGGAGACAGCGAGCUCAGACCAAGUCACCUGCGUUCCUCUCCGUGGCAUACUGCUCCUCUCCACCUGCCCCUGGUGGGGCAAAACUGCUGGCCUCACAUGGCUAGUGGCUUCAGCGCAUCCUUGUGGCUGAGGGUGUUGGAGCAAGAGGAAAGACUGCGGAACACCGACAAGGGUGAGAAAAAACAUAAUUUAGCACUGACACCCAUCCUUCACAUUUCAGUGGUUUUCUAUUCUUUUUCAGAAAGGAGAAACCCGCCUGCUACUGAAAGUCACCAUAACUCGCCUCAGGCUAGAAAAAGAGUUGUGGAGGAAGGCCUCAUUCAUAUUCUCUCCAUGGGCUCAAAAGCACUGAUGCUUCAAGUGUGGGCGGAUUUCUCAUCUGGCUCGCUCAUAUUCAGGGUUUGUAUAGACCCAAAUGACGAGAUAAAAGCAGGGCUAUUGGCGCAAGCGGAAUCUGUUGAAGGACUUCUCCUGCCUGGCCACUGGCAGCACAUUGGCCUCACUUACACCCAGCAGCCUGAGGGCAAGAAGAACAUCCAUGGUCGUGUGGUUGUCUGGGUUUGUGGGAUCAUGAAAUGUGAAGUUUUCUUAGACUACACCUUACCUCGAAAGUCCAGUUUAUCCUCUGACAGCAACAAGACUUUCUGUAUGUUGGGCCAUUGUAUCCCCUCCUCUGAGGAGGUGACAAAACAACAUUUAAAUUGGAGCAUGGGGACAGUGCUUCUCUUCAAUGGUGCCAGAGUAGGGUCCGAAGAGGCCUUUUUCCUGUACAGCAGCGGGCCUGAUCUCACUUCAAUCAUGCCCUGCAAUUAUGGCAGACCUAAAGGGUCAUUCUCCAAGUUUGUCACUCAGGAAGGACUCAAGUGUGACAGAGUGCGGGAGCUUCUGAUGAAGAGCAAGGGUGUGGACACAACAGCUUUGGUUGAGAGCCUGGCAGUUGUAUAUGCUCCCAGCAGUCCUAGGGUCUACACUAUCUAUGAGCCUGUAAUAAGACUAAAGGGACAAGCCAAGACAGUGGUUACACAGCGGCCCUUCAGCUCCAGAGAAGUGCAAAGUGUUUCCUUAGAACCAAGCGCUCUCAAGGCUUUGCUGCCCACUGAAACCCAAGGCCUGCAAAGUGUCCUGCACAAGAUCGGUGGGACGGGAAAUGUGGUUUUCCUCUUUGCACAGACAGUGGAGCUGAGUGACUGUGAGAUGACCCAGGCUCUGGCCUUGCAGAUACUUCUGUCUCUGUCCAAAUUCAACCAGCAUCGCAUUCACGAAAUGGACUGCUACCAUGGCUACUCUAUGAUACACCAAGUGCUCAUUAAGUCCAAAUGCAUUGUUGGAUAUCAUAUGUUGAAAACUCUGCUGGAUGGAUGUUUUAGUGGACCUGUCUUAACCCUGGCGGAUGAUGGUCAGUUCCGUUUGGAGACAGAGUCAAUUGCUGUGGUCCAGGACAUCAGGCUACUCUCAGAUAUCCUGUUGGACUGGAAAAUCUGGGCCAAAGCAGAGUGUGGUGUGUGGGAGACACUCCUGGCUGCUUUGGAGAUCCUGAUCAGGGUGCACCACCCUUAUCAGGUUUUCAAUAUCCGUCAGUUCCUCAAGGCUGAAGUGGUGCACCGCUUCUUGCUUACCUGUCAAGUGUUACAGGAGCAUCGGGACGAGCACCUGACUGCCAUCCCACAAGAAGUCUGUUUAUCAUUUGUCAAAAUAAUCCAGGAAGUUCUAGGAUCCCCGCCAGACAUGGACUUGCUCAAACUUAUCUAUAACUUCUUAUUGGCAGUUCACCCCCCUACCAACACCUACGUAUGCCAUACUCCAUCAAGCUUUUACUUCUCUCUGCACAUAGAUGGGAAACUGUAUCACGACAAGGUGCAGUCUAUUAUGUACUUGCGACACUCCAACAGUGGAGGGAAGUCCGCCAGCAGUUCAGUGGUGUCUCUUUCCCCGACAGUCUUUACUGACGCUCCCCACGAAGGUCAUCUUCCUGGUCCCUCGCCUGAGCUUUGCGGUGAGGAGAAGUCCUUACGGCCGCCCAACCUGGCCCCAUCGCCAUACUCGUCCCCUUUGCUGACACCCCGUCUCAGUCACAGUGGCAUGACUGAGACUAAUGAAAUUGACCGGAUGUCGCUCACUGCCCAGCAGGCUCUGGGCAGUACUGAAACACUCAAAAAGGCAGGAGGUGACGAGCAGCUUUUGAGCAGUUGCGAAUCAGCGAAGACGAUAUGUGACUCGAAGGAUAUCGGCAAGGAAGGAGCUCCACGUACCCCGUCCAUCAGCGUGGAGGAGGAGCGGGAUGAAGCCACAGAGGUGGACAGCCUGGCCGAAGGCAGUGUUGGUGUGGCAGAGUCUGAGGACAGGUUUGACUGGACCAGUGAUGAAGCGCCUCGACGCCCUGACAGUUUAAAGGGAAUCCAGUCCUUCCAGAGAAGUCACAGCAACCUUGCUAGUUUGGGAUUAGCUUUUCCAGCUCCAAAUGGCUCACUGGCAAUCAGCCGCUGGCCCAGUGCAGCUGAUCGAAGCUCCGUACCUGAUGAUUGGGAAAGUUACACCUACUCUCCUGGUUACGAAAGAGCACACAGCAAAACUGAUUCUAAUGACAGUUCAGAGGACUGUCUUGUUCUGAUCUGCUGUGGCCUUUAUGACCUUCUGAGAGGUGUUCUGCUACUGCUGCCGGACCUUAUGCUUGAGGAAGUGAUGGACAAACUGAUCCAACCUGAGGCUUUAGUUGUCCUCGUCAAUCAUUCAUCACCUCUCAUCCAGCAAGGGGUCAUGAAGCUGCUGGAUGCAUACUUUGGCAGAGCCAACAAGGAGCAGAAAGAGAAAUUCCUGAAGAAUCACGGUUUCUCAUUGCUGGCCAACCAGCUGUACAUCCACCAGGGCAGCCAGGGCUUAAUCGAGUGCUUCCUUGAGAUGCUGUUUGGACGCCCAGUGGGCCUGGAGGAGGAUCUGGAUCUUGAAGAAAUGGAAACAAUUUCACCUUUCACAAAGCGUUGCAUCAUCCCAGUGUUGGGUCUUAUUGAGAACUCCCUAUGUGAGAACUCCUUGGUACACAACAUCCUCUGCAUGCUACUGCAGCUCCUCAAUGCCUGCCCAAAGCUGGCAGACAUCCUGCUCGAUCACGGACUGCUUUACGUGCUCUUCAACACACUCUCCACUCUCAAUGGCAUGGAGACCGGCAUUCCCCUGAAUGAUUACAAGCUCCUCGUGUGUGACAUCCAGCAGCUGUUAGUCGCUGUUACUAUCCACUCCUGCAGCUCUUCAGGGUCCCAAUACUUCCGCAUCAUUGAAGACCUCAUUACAUUGCUCGGUUACAUGCAAACCAGCAAAAUGCGGCGUACGCAGGAGAUGGCAGUCGCUCUGCAGUUUCGGGUACUUCAGUCGGCUAUUGAGUUCAUAAAGACAACGGCCAAUCAGGCGCCUCAAAAGCUGAGCAGCUCCCAUAAUACACCAAACUCUUCGCAUCACACUCUUUAUCAGAAACGAAAGAGCAUUGCAGGACGACGACGCUUCUCUCUGGCCCAAACGGACUCGCUACUGAUGAGGAUGCGUUCCGUCGCUAGUGAUGAGCUCAACCAGAUGAUGCAGAGGAGGAUGAGCCAGGAAAACCCCAUUCGGGCUAGUGAGACGGAGUUUGUGCAACGGCUGCAGAGGCUUGUGGUCCUUGCUGUCAACAGACUCAUUUACCAUGAUGUCAGUCAGGAUUUAUUUGACCUGCUGAACAUCCCAGACUCCCCAGACCAACAGCUUUUCACGCCAGAAUUGGGAUACAAUUCACACGAAGAGGGUAGCACUGCCUCUGCCCCACACUCACCUACUCCCUUUACAUUGCCACCUGCCAGCAAAAAGAGUUUGCAACAAGACAUUCUAAAACUCAUGAUGGAUGGCAUCAAAAUCAGCCUGGGCAGUACUGGUCGAGGAGGAGCUCCACAUCAGCAAUGGCGAAGGAUCCUGUGGUCGUGCAGGGACACGUUCCGGGUCCAAAUUGGUCGCAUCUUAGUGCACACGCUCAGUCCUGCUCGUCCCCUUUCUGACAGAAAGGAAGCACUCGAAUUUGUUUUUGAUCCUAGGCAUUUGGAUAUCUUAAAGGAGAGCCUCAGUCCCGGUCUAGAGCACGGGCCCAAGCUGUCACUUUACCUAUACGAAAUGCUGCACGACCACAAAGACGGCCUGACCAAAGACGAGCAGAAUGCUGUGGGUGUUUUCAUGACCUCGCUCAAGCUUUGUGGUCACCGCUGCAUCCCACCUAAUACGCCACACAAGCAGGAUCUGCUCAAGGCAGUGAAAGAGGAAAAAUCAAAGUACGAAGCAGAGGAGAAUUCAAGCAAGGCAGCGUGGGAAAAGAAAAUGACCAAUACUCAAAAGAACUUGAUCCAAAGAUUAGACGGAAAGUCCAAAGACAUUUCGAAAAUCGCUGCAGACAUUACGCAGAAUGUGUCUCUCCGGCAAGGCAUGGAGAGAAAAAAAGUCAUCCAGCACAUCAGAGGUCUCUACAAGACGGACCUGAGCGCCAGUCGGCACUGGCAGGAGCUAGUGCAGCAACUCACACAUGACCGUGCGGUUUGGUACGACCAAACAUCCUACCCUACAUCCUGGCAGUUGGACCCAACGGAAGGGCCAAACCGUGAGCGGCGGCGACUACAAAGAUGCUACCUCACCAUUCCAAACAAAUACUUGCUUAAAGACAGACGUAAACCUGAAGAUGCAGUGAAACCGCCACUGUCGUUCCUUUUUGAGGAUAAGACACACUCAUCUUUCUCCUCCACUGUGAAAGACAAAGCCACAAGCGAACCCAUCAGGUUUACCAGGCGCUGCAUGAGUGUGGCCCCCUCCAGGGAGACAGCAGGGGAGCUGCUUCUAGGAAAGUCUGGAAUGUACUUUGUGGAGGACAAUGCUGCAGACGCUCAUGACGGCCAGAGCCUUCAUGGUGAGACAGAGGCACCCUCUUUUUCUUGGACCUAUGAGGAGAUCAAAGAGGUGCACAAGCGAUGGUGGCAGCUGAGAGACAACGCCGUGGAGAUAUUCCUCACCAACGGUCGAACGCUGCUCUUAGCCUUUGACAACAGCAAGUUCCGUGACGACGUGUACCACAACAUUCUUACAUCUGAUCUGCCCAACCUGCUGGAGCACGGCAACAUUACAGCACUCACGCAGCUAUGGGGCUCGGGGCAGAUCUCCAAUUUUGAGUAUCUCACACAUCUUAACAAGCACGCUGGCCGCUCCUUCAACGACCUCAUGCAGUACCCGGUGUUCCCCUUCAUCCUGCGAGAUUACACCAGUGAAACAUUGGAUCUGCAAGACCCUAAUAUCUACAGGAAUUUGAGCAAACCAAUUGCCGUCCAGUCAAAAGAGAAAGAAGAUCGCUAUGUGGAUAAUUUCAGAUAUUUGGAAGAGGAGUACAGGAAGGGAAUCCGGGAGGACGAUCCCAUGCCUCCCGUCCAGCCUUACCACUAUGGCUCUCAUUACUCCAACAGCGGCACUGUACUGCACUUCCUGGUCCGAAUGCCGCCUUUUACCAAGAUGUUUCUAGCCUACCAGGAUCAGAGCUUUGAUAUCCCGGACCGGACGUUUCACUCCAUGAACACCACGUGGCGUCUUUCGUCCUAUGAGUCCAUGACAGAUGUGAAGGAGCUCAUACCAGAGUUCUUCUAUCUCCCAGAAUUCUUGGUCAACAGAGAGGGUUUUGAUUUUGGGGUUCGUCAGAACAGCGAGAGGGUAAACCAUGUGAAUUUACCUCCGUGGGCACGGAACGAUCCGCGUCUCUUCAUCCUGAUUCACCGUCAGGCGCUGGAGUCAGACCAGGUUUCUCAAACGCUGUGUCAGUGGAUCGACUUGGUGUUUGGACUCAAGCAGAAAGGCAAAGCUGCGGUCCAGGCUAUCAACGUCUUCCACCCGGCUACCUAUUUUGGAAUGGACGUUUCGGCGGUAGAAGAUCCAGUUCAGCGACGAGCACUAGAAACCAUGAUCAAGACUUACGGACAGACUCCCAGGCAGCUUUUCAACGCAUCCCACAUCAGCAGGGCCGGUCCUAAGCUCAUGAUGGAGGGCGAGCUGCCGGCCGCCAUGGGUCUCCUGGUUCAGCUCGCUUUUAGAGAAACCAGAGAGCAGGCCAAGGAGAUCAUCUGUCCGAGCCCGUUGCCAUGGAUCAAAGGCCUGAAGUGGGGCGAGUACGUGGGGUCUCCCAGUUCCCCCGAUCCAGUGGUGUGCUUCAGCCAGCCUCACGGCGAGAGGUUUGGAUCCCUGCUGGCUCUGCCUACGCGGGCUAUCUGUGGAUUGUCGCGCAAGUUCUGCCUCCUGAUGAUUUACAGCAAGGAGCAGGGUGUCCGCAGCAUGCACAGUACAGAUAUCCAGUGGUCGGCCAUCUUGAGUUGGGGGUACGCAGAUAACAUACUCCGGCUGAAGAGCAAACAGAGCGAACCACCCAUCAACUUCAUUCAGUGCUCUCCGUUGCAUCAGGUGACCAGCUGUGCCUGGGUGCCCGAUGGCUGCCAGCUAUUUACGGGAAGCAAGUGUGGAGUCAUCACCGCCUACAGCAACCGCUUCACUAGCGCCACGCCUUCGGACAUGGAGGUGGAAUCCCAGGUUUACCUGUACGGACAUACGGGUGAAGUUACCAGCCUAUUUGUGUGCAAACCUUAUAGCAUUCUCAUCAGCGUCAGUACCGACGGUACCUGCAUCCUCUGGGACCUUAACAGGCUCUGUUAUGUGCAAAGCCUCACGGGCCAUAAAAGCCCAGUGACGGCAGUUUCUGCGAGUGAGACCACAGGUGACAUUGCAACAGUUUGCGACUCAGUGGGCGGAGGUAGCGACCUGCGUCUGUGGACCGUGAACGGCGACCUGAUUGGCCACGUGCACUGCAGAGAGAUCAUUUGCUCCGUGGCUUUCUCCAAUCAGCCAGAGGGCGUGUCCGUCAACGUCAUUGCUGGCGGGCUGGAAAAUGGCGUUGUCAGACUGUGGAGCACAUGGGACUUGAAACCAGUGAGAGAGAUCACCUUUCCCAAGUCAUGCAAACCCAUCAUCAGCCUGACGUACUCGUGCGACGGACACCACCUGUACACGGCCAACAGCGAGGGCACCGUAAUGGCCUGGUGUCGGCGGGACCAGCAACGCAUGAAGCUGCCCAUGUUCUACUCGUUCUUAAGCAGCUACGCCGCAGGCUGA